GGUGCGGCGGGCGACCAGAGCAGGACGGGGCGCCCCAGCCGUCCGGCCAGCUUGGACCUCCCCCAGGCCCGCCUAGGCCCCCUCCGGAGCUGGCCAUGGAUGCCUGAGGACCCCCCUGUUGGUGGCUGCCGCCCCCCCGCCCCACGAACCCCCUCCGGUCCCUCCCACGAGCGUCUCUCAGGGUCCUCAAGGGUGGGCCCAGGUGGGGCCCCGGGCUGCCAUGAUGCUCAGCUCAGACGCCCCUGAGCUGGAGCCCUCGCCCCCCGCAGAGACCGAGUCCAGCUUCAGUGACCGCGGGGUGGGGGGCGUGGCGCGGGGCCUGGAGGCCGGGGAGCCCGGGGGCCGCCGAGACCCGGUGCAGCUGAGCCGGGAGGAGCGGCGACGGCGGCGCAGGGCCACGGCCAAGUACCGCACGGCCCACGCCACGCGGGAGCGCAUCCGCGUGGAGGCCUUCAACCUGGCCUUCGCCGAGCUGCGCAAGCUGCUGCCCACGCUGCCCCCGGACAAGAAGCUGUCCAAGAUCGAGAUCCUGCGCCUGGCCAUCUGCUACAUCUCCUACCUGAACCAUGUGCUGGACGUCUGA